AUGGCUAAUUUUCAUGCCGGCGAUAGCUUCAUGAAUGCUUCUGUCUUACCAGAAGCAUCACAGCGUGAUAAGACAAUCAUGACUGCAGCUCAGCAUGGUAGCUCGAUAGCCACCCCAAGAAAAACAUGGCCCAUAGCAAAGAGCCCAAGUACCAAUAGUACCAACCAAGAUCCGUUUACUCCAGAUAUAUCUAAUUACCACGAAGAUACGAGUGGCUCGGACACUAUUUCGGAAGACGGAGACCUAGACCUAGAGAAGUCAGCCGACGACGCUCUAUCACAAUGGUUUGGUAUUAGCCUUCAUAGGCUAAUUCGUCCCGCACAAAUUAUAUAUGCCUUCGAACUGUGCAAAAGGCAAUGUGCUGGUAUUUUAGAAGAUGAAGGGCAUAACAUACCAGAUGCGCAGGAUAAUGACGAGAACCAAGAUAUUCAGAUGGAUCCAUGCGACGCCGGAGAGGGUAGUAGAUCUGCUGGUGGCAGCGGAACUCCCCUUAGCAACACCGGUAGCCCUCCAUUCAACGACAAGAAACACCUACGUGGCAAUACGCUCGAGCAAGGUUCCUCGCCAGAUAGUUGUGUUGCAACCAAGAGAAAGUAUAAGAAACGCCGAGUACCAGGACAGUUCAGCUGCCCGUACAGAAAACGUAAUCCUAUUCGCUUCAACGUUCAUGGGCACGAAAAGUGCGCGAACAAAUCUUAUCCGGAUAUGUCCGAGUUAAAAAAGCAUUUAACAAGUGAUCACUUCAAAGAAUCCCAUAUAUGUGCUAGGUGUCAUGAACAAUUCCCUCCACGUUACAAUAUGUUAUUGCAUUAUGCACAGUGCCCUUUUCCCCCACAGCCGCAAACGAACCCCCAACCCACAGAUCCCGAAGACGGGUUCGAUAGGGUAAUCGACGAGCGCUUAAAGAGUAGAGGAAAAGGAAAAGUUGAUGAUUGGUCAGAAUUAUACCGAAUAUUAUUUCCAUAUGAUAAGGUCAUACCCGACUCUCAUUUUAUUCCCGUCGUUGAAGAUCAUGAAGUAUUCUACGAAUACGAGCGCAGCAAGGAUACGCUAUUCCAGCGCCUCAGCGAGCUCAUAUCCCAGCAGUAUCAUCACUCAGUAAAUGACCAAGACCGUAUUGUAAGAGAUAUUAUGGAUUUAUCCCAAGAUCACAUCAAAACCGUUCUCAAGCGACCUAUGACUAUUCCCCAAGCCUUACAGAGCCCACAAAUCCAAGUUCCUCUCGAGCCACAGAGAUCUCAGUGCCUAGAAAACGACUUCUUUGAUAUCACAAUGGAAAGAGGCGAAACAGUCGAUGGAUCGACGGCCUUAGAUCAAUUAGUCGAAACACUUGGCACCCCACAGUACCUAUCACCGGAAGAUAGCCAUGUUCAGAUGCAGGAAGAGCCGUUACAAUAUUAUGAUAGCUCCCAGGACUUGGACUUCCCUAUUAAUUACUACAAUCAACAGAUAACGGAGGCAUUUGAACACCCCCCGGGGUCUGAGAAUAUCCAACGCCAGGUUCAGCCCCGACCUAACGAGAAUUGCGAUGCUAGGGCUCCUGGCUUAUAUAGAAAUAUUAGUACAGCAGGCACGGAAACAAACUUCUGGCCAGGUGCGUACCAAAACUACGGUCAAGGCCCCGUACCGCUUACAGAGUCAACGCUAUCAACACUUGGUAUGCAUCUGCCGACCAUGCGUGGUACGCCGAAUCUUGAAGACCUAUGGAUGUCCAAUAGCAACUACGGACUGCAAGAGGGUGGCCACGAGGACAUGGCUGCUAAUCCAAUAUUCUUUCGAGAUCCUAGUAUACGCUGA